CGCAUCCAUUCAAGCAACAUCGGAUUUGGAAACAAGUUUUUUUGGAACGUUUAACAAUUUAUUGCAUUUUUCGAGAGGGAGAGAGUGCGAGAGAGAACGUGAGUGAGAGCAUUGUUGGUUAGCUGGAUUGUGAAACCAGUUUCGUGGAGACCUUCGGAGCGAACGGAUCGUAGUCGGUGCGCUAGUGAAGGAGAUAAAGUUGUAAACAUUUUACUGGAAAAAACUAAGGGUUUUGCGCCCUAAUGAGUGCAAGCAAGUGAAGAGCUGACAUUUACGAACAAUUAAAAGUGUAGUUGUGGAGUGAAGCAUGGUCAACAUUGAUCCUACCAUGAUGAAUGCGCAAACAGUGUUUAGUGUGGCCAGGGCGCCGCUCAAGACCAACUUUUCGAUCAACUCGAUCCUGCCGGAAACGGUGAUGCAGACAUCGCCAGCUCAGACUCCGUCGCCUUCGCCACAUUCCUGCCACUCGCCGAUCGGAUCGGAAGAGCAGGACCAUGAUCUCACCGAUACCGAGUCGGAUUUGGAUGUUACCGGAACGCCGCCGCCGAUGGAUUGCAGCAAUAAGGAAAAGUCUGACGAUACGGAAGAUGGUGCCGCGAGCCCCAAGGAUGGUGAGAAGAAGGGAAACGAGAAGCCGCCGUACAGCUACAACGCCCUGAUCAUGAUGGCCAUCCGACAGAGUUCGGAAAAGCGACUUACGCUGAACGGAAUCUACGAGUACAUCAUGCGUAACUUCCCGUAUUACCGUGAUAACAAGCAAGGCUGGCAAAACUCGAUCCGCCACAAUCUUAGUCUGAACAAGUGCUUUGUGAAAGUGCCUCGCCAUUACGACGAUCCCGGCAAGGGCAACUACUGGAUGCUGGACCCAUCUGCCGAGGAUGUGUUCAUCGGAGGAUCCACCGGAAAGCUGCGUCGUCGUUCAACUGCUGCCUCCCGUAGCCGAUUGGCCGCCUUCAAGCGAUCGAUGGUGGGCCCAAUGUUCCCCACGCUGGGCUAUCCUCAGUUCAACCAGUUCCUGUACCCAUCGCCUGCCCACGCACAAACCGCCCUGCUGGCCCAGAUGUACUCGCGGUAUUCGCCGUACGCCCCCAACAUGGCACCCAAACCCGGCAUGCCACUUCCCCUGCCUCUGCCCGUCGGUGGUUCGCCCUUCGGAAUGGACCGACUUCUGGCCGCCGGAGUGCCGCAGCUGCAGCAUCCCCAAAUCAGCCAGCACCAGCAAGCGCAAGCAGAACUGUACCAAAGACUUCAGUACCAGCAACUCCUGCAACAUCACGCCGCCCAAGCUCAGGCCCAGGCCGCCCACAUGCAGCAGCUUAGCCCCACCGAAAGUCACCACCAGCAGCACUCACCAACCCUGCCUAACCAGCCGUCCAUGAUGCACCCCCAGCCGCAAGGUUCCCCGACGGGACCGACGAUCUUCAAGCCCAUCACAGUCGUGUCGCGACACAGCUGAGAAUCGACACCCGUCGCCUCCGAGGAUACCUUCUAGUGCAAAUAUUUAUUUAUUACAAAGCUAGUAACUAGUACACACACGAGUCUACUUAGAGAGUUCUGCUGCAGACACGACACGACGGCGGCAAACGCCUCACCAGUGAUAUCUAGAAGCAAGAAUAGGGUGGGUUUCAACGGAUAGCUUGGAACGUGCUAUGGUAGUGACUUAAUUUGUCUCACAAACGCGAAUUAUGUUUUUUUCCGUGAAAAACAACUGUUGAGUAACUGUGACUUUUAUUAUGAUUGUUGACGAACCGGUCUUUGUUGCAAUUGUAAGCUGUAGAAACCAAAACGCUGUAAAUAAUUGUAAAUUCCCUGCAAACGAAAAAGUAUUAGCAAUUUUUCUAGUAGUUAAGCGCAAGUAUAUAAAUUAUAUUUUUCCCAAAAACUGAAAAGAAUCAAAUCACGAAAAUAUAAAAAAUCACAAAUUUUAAACAUAA